AACGUCCUAUAAAUAUUGACAUUUAAUUUGUGUAAUGCUACCGACAUCUAUGAGAAGAAACAACGAAUUAAGUGUGUUGAUUGCAUACUAGAGAUACAGUACAUAUAUAUAUUUAUUUACGAUUCACUCAUUUUGUUGUUGCUUGUGAGUUGAAUUAGGCAUAGAGUUGGUAUUGGGUUAGAGACACACAAAAAAAUAUUUUUAUAAAAAUAACUAUCAAUUAUUUGUAUUUGCAUAACUUGAAAUGGCAGGGUGUUUAGAUAAUAUUCACAUUAACAGACCAGAGUGGCUGGAACUAGGGGAAAAGAGAAAUGCUGUGGCUUCUAUUGGAGCUGGAACAAUGUUCUUUACAGGUUGGUGGAUUAUCUUGGAUGUGGCAGCUAGAUACCCUAGUAUGGAUGAGUUUCACCAUGCUUACCAUGUCUGUGGAGUGAUGAGUACAUUAUCUCUGUUCAUGAUUAAUGCAGUUUCAAAUGGUCAAGUUAGAGGUGAUUCAUAUUCAACAGGUUGUAUUGGACAACAAGGUGCAAGAGUUUGGCUUUUCUUAGGAUUUGUCUUGGGAUUUGGAUCACUGAUUGCAGCUAGCUGGAUUCUCUUUGGUGCUUAUGUCAUUCCAA